UAAAUAUCGUCGUUAUCUUCAAGUACAGUGUAGAGACAGAAUUACAACAGUUGUGAUAAUUACGCUUUUAGUUGUUGCUGCAGCACGAAGCGUUUGAGCCAAGAUGGAGGAUGAAGAGACGAGCUUGGCUUUGAUCAAGUAUUACUGCUAUGAGAAGUAUUUCAGUCACGCCGUAAACGCUGCAGCAUCUGCUCAAAGGAAAUUCAGCAAUGAUCCUAUCUACACCUUUUUCCACGCGUAUGGUACCCUCAUGCAAGACCAAAUCCAAGAAGCUUCAGCAGAACUGGACACAAUCAGAGAUGAUCGAGAUGUGUGUCUCUGCACGUUAAUGGCCCUCGUCUAUGCAGAGAAGAAGAAGACCAAUCCAGACAGAGACGUUAUUCAAGAACUUGAUGCUAAGGUCAAAGAGGAUCGUAAAAGUGCACCUCCUAAGAGUCUGUACUACGCUGGAAUUUUUCUCUGGCUAUUAGGAAGAAAUGAUAAGGCGAGGGAAUACACGGAGAGAAUGAUCAAACUCUCCAACGGCUCGAGAGAGGGGAUAAUCCUAAAAGCCUGGAUAGAUGUGACAUCUGGUAAAGACGCCUACGCCAGAAAGGCUGGAAAAUACUUUGAUGAGGGACUGAAAGAGAGAGCAGAUGUUUUCGGCCUGAUGGGAAAGGCAAAAUACUAUGAAUAUCGUCAGAACUACUCUGGAGCUUUAGAGAUAGUUAACCAAGUCAUCGUGAGUUUCCCUGGGUUCUUGCCUGCUCUCGUCAAGAAAAUGAAACUGUUGCUGAGCCUUCAAGACUGGGAGCAAACCAUAGACGCAGCACACAGGCUUUUACAGAAGGAUAAAAAUAACCUGGAGGCCCUACGGAUGCUAGCUCUACAUUCUUUAUGUAGAGAAGGCGAUAUUACUGAGUCGGUAAAGCUGCUUUCAAACCUCGUCAGCAGUUUGGACAUUCUGGAACCACACAACCCUGAGCUUUACUACAAAAUGUCUCUUGCCUUCACCCGAGUUUGUGGACGGAAUGAGAAAGUGAUCGAGCAGACAUUCAGAAUGGUGGAAAGAGCUUUUUCGCAGGCAUCCGGGGACUCAGAUUUAGCCACAGAGUUGGGCUACCAGAUGGUGCUUCAGGGCAGAAUCAGGGAGGCUAUGAAGUGGUACAAGACCGCCAUUACCGAUAGGGAUCAGACUAGUGUUUCAGCUUUGACAGGUAAAAUUCGCUGCCAGCUGAUAGAGGGACAUCUUGAAGAUGCAGAACAACACUUGGAAUUCCUUACAGAGAUUCAACAAUCUAUUGGAAAAUCAGGGGAACUAUCGUACCUACGUGCUGUGCUGGCAGUGAAAAGGCGCCGCCCCCAGGAAGAGGUGACCAACCUGCUGAACGAUGCCGUGGACACACACUUCUCCUCCCUGCAGGGUCUGCCUCUGGGAGUGGAGUACCUCGAGAGGCUGAACCCUGACUUCCUGUUGGAGAUUGUCAAAGAGUAUCUUGCUCUGUGUCCUGCUAAGCCUCCUGCACAAGGCCAAGCUCCUGCUCCUCAGCUCCAGCACUGUGCCUCCUUGUUGGAUAAGGUAGUCAAGAUUGUGCCCGGUCUCCUUCAAGGGGUCUUCCUGCUAGCCAAAGUCCGAUAUCAGUCUGGUGACAUUGACGCUGCUCAGAGCAAUCUACAGCACUGCCUGGACCAGUGUCCCUCUCAUGCAGAUGCUCACCUGCUCAUGGCACAGAUCCACCUGCAGCAGGGUAACGUGGCGUUGUGCUCACAGUCUCUUGAACUCUGCCUCAGCCAUAACUUUGAGAUUCGAGACCAUCCAUUAUACCACUUGAUCAAGGCUCAAGCUAAGAAGAAAAUGGGUGAACUCACGGAGGCUAUUCAGACGUUGCAGAUGGCCAUGAGUCUCCCAGGUAUCCGCAGAGCCGGAUCCUCGUCCAAGUCCAAGAACAAGAAGACUGAGCUAAGCUCUGCAGACUGUGUCUCUGUCUUCUUGGAGUUAGCUGAGGCCCUGUGGAUCAACGGCGAACAGCAUGAAGCAGCAAAGGUGAUGCAAGAUGCCAUCAAUGAGUUUUCGGGAACACCUGAGGAGCUGCGUGUCACAAUAGCGAAUGCGGACCUGGCCCUGCUGCGUAGUGAUACAGAGCUGGCACUGAGUAUGCUCAGAAACAUUACUCCUGAGCAGCCCUACUACAUUCAAGCCAAGGAGAAAAUGGCGGACAUAUAUCUGAACCACAGAAAAGAAAAACGUCUGUAUGCAAGCUGUUACAGAGAAAUGGUGGAGAAGCUGCCCGGCCCUCACACGUAUCUCUUACUUGGUGAUGCCUACAUGAACAUUCAAGAACCGGAAAAAGCCAUUGAGGUUUAUGAGCAGGCUCUCAAGAAAAACCCCAAAGAUGGUGCUUUAGCCAGCAAGAUUGGGAAAGCCCUGGUGAAGACUCAUAACUACGUCAAGGCGAUAAAUUACUAUGAAGCAGCCCUUAAGACGGAGCAACAGAACUUCCUACGCUAUGACCUGGCGGAGCUUCUGAUGAAGAUGAAGCAAUAUGAGCGCUGUGAGAGAGUCCUGCACGAUGCUCUGGCCCAUGAACCAGUGAAUGAGCUGCCUACACUCUCAGAUGAUUGCCGUUAUCUGGUUCUGUUGGCAAAGAUCCAAAAUAAAGUUGACAAAAAAGAGGACGCACUACUUUCCCUACAAAGAGCCCGGGAUGUGCAGGCCAAGGUACUGAAGCGCGUGCAGUUGGAGCAGCCUGACGCUGUCCCCAUGCAGAAACAACUUGCUGCUGAGAUCUGUGCGGAGAUCGCUAAACACUACACAAGUCAGAGAGGCUAUGAGAGAGCAGUCAAAUUCUACAAAGAAGCUCUUGUGUAUUGUGAGACAGAUCGCAAGGUGAUGCUGGAGCUGGCACGGUUGUACCUCACUCUAGGCGAGGUUGAUGCGUGCCAGGAGCAAUGCAGCGUCAUUUUGAAGAACGACCAAUUUAAUGAAGACGCAACUUUGAUGAUGGCAGACAUUAUGUUUAGGAAGGAAGACUAUAAGCAGGCAGUUUUCCAUUUUCAACAACUCCUGGAACGAGAACCAGACAACUACCCGACUCUUUCACGGCUCAUUGACUUGUUGAGGAGAUCGGGAAAGUUGGAAGAAAUCCCGAGAUUUCUUGAUAUGGCAGAAAAACAUUCUUCCAGGACUAAAUUUGAGCCUGGGUUUAACUACUGCAAAGGACUUUAUCUGUGGUACACGGGAGAACCCAAUGAUGCUCUUCGACACUUUAAUAAGGCGCGGAAAGACAAUGAUUGGGGUCAAAACGCUGUGUAUAACAUGAUUGAAAUCUACCUAAACCCUGACAAUGACACAAUCGGAGGAGAAGUGUUUGAGACUCUAGACGGUGAAAUUGGGAACUCCACGGAGAAGCAGGAGUCAGAGCAGCAUGCUGUGAGAACAGCUGAGAAGCUGCUGAAGGAGAUAAAACCCCAGACACCAGGCGGAUACACACAGCUCCGCAUCCUGGAGAACUACUGCUUUCUGGCGACUAAACAGAAGGCCAAUGUAGAGAAAGCCCUCAAUGUUUUCACAGAGAUCGCAAACAAUGAGAAAGACCAUGUGCCAGCUCUGUUGGCCAUGGCAACAGCUUACAUGAUGCUAAAACAAACUCCUCGAGCCAGGAACCAGCUCAAACGCAUAGCUAAGAUGGACUGGAGCAUUGCUGACGCCGAUGAGUUUGAGAAGAGCUGGCUGCUCCUGGCAGACAUCUACAUCCAUUCGGGGAAGUAUGACAUGGCCAGUGACCUCUUAACAAAAUGCCUCAAUCGUAACAAGUCGUGCUGUAAAGCUUAUGAAUAUCGAGGCUACAUACAGGAAAAAGAGCAGGCAUUCCGUGAUGCAGCACUCAGCUAUGAAAUGGCUUGGAAAUAUGGAAAUCGGACAAACCCAACUAUUGGAUACAAGCUUGCUUUCAACUACUUAAAAGCAAAGAGGCACGUUGAUGCCAUAGAUGUGUGUCAUAAGGUUCUGGCUGCUCAUCCAAAUUAUCCAAGAAUGAGAAAGGACAUCCUGGACAAAGCUCGCGCUGCACUGAGGUCUUAGUGUUGAACCCGUGAGAGAGAUAUGAAACCACUGUUUCAGUAAUGAAACGGCUUAGCUUUGAUUGAAUCCACUUUUAUUGUUUGGAUUUCACUGUCAAGUUGAAAUUGUGCAGCGAUUCGUCUUAUUUCUUCGGGAAGGCCCUUAAACACGCUGCUAUGUGCAUUUUUUUUCCCCCUCCCUCUGCAUAUGAAUAGUUGGUUGCUGGCAAUUCAGAAAGAUAACACAGUGCAGACAUUCAGGCAAAUGAAAGCAUUUUCUUUUCUUUCUAUCCUCACAAAGGCAGACACAAAGCACCUAGAAAUGGGUUUGGAGCGUCGGAAUAAGAAGGGAUGCCUUAAAGAGCAUUUAGGCUUUAUUUAUUAAAAAAUGUUUUUUUUAAUCUGAUACAUGUCAUGUGUGCUUUGUCUGUUCAUGAUAUUUUACAGAUUUGUAUUUAUCUUUUCAUGGAUGUCAAACAUUUACAUCAUUCAUAAAUAAACGUAUUUAGAUAUAU